UUUACUGCCUCAUCCAUUACAUGACUAUUAUAGCUCCCUCUAGAGGGGCGCGCGCACACACAAACACUCUCACACACACAAAUGUCUCGUGCAGUUUUUAAUACCUCAGUAUGUAUUGAUAUUAUGCAGUUACAGUAAGUUUAUUUUUAAAACCUGUUUGUAUUCGUUUAACUCAGCAAUUCAUUGCUACAGUCAUGUUGAAUAAAACUGUUAUGACGAUAAAAUAUUUAUGUUCCUGAAAUAUUUAAAUGAGCUACAUCACAUUGUUGGUGAGGUGCAUUAUUUUAUACAAUCUCAUCAGCUAGGCGUGUGCACGCGUGCGCGUCUUUCGAUCUCGCGAGACAUGAAAUUGGAGCGUAGUGGCGACGUGAAUUUGUGUGAGCGAAGUGGAGUUAUUUGUAUUAUCGAAGAGGGAGGGUAGCUAUCGUUUUAGCAAGGGGGUGUGUGUUUGCGGGGCGACGAGCUCUGUGUGUAAGCAAGCAAGCUGGCGGAAUUCAAUAUGGCAUCCGGUGAAACCCUGUAUAUAGAGACAGAUGGCUCAGAGAUGCCGGCUGAAAUAGUCGAACUUCACGAAAUAGAAGUGGAGACUAUUCCUGUGGAAACUAUUGAGACUACGGUCGUCGGUGGUGACGACGACGACGAACAUCAGCCCAUGAUUGCCUUGCAACCGCUUGUAACGGACGACCCAAGUCAGGUUCAUCACCAUCAAGAAGUGAUUCUCGUACAAACACGAGAAGAGGUAGUCGGCGGAGACGAUUCAGACCUCCGUGCGGACGAUGGAUUUGAAGACCAAAUUCUUAUACCUGUCCCUGCACCGGGCGCAGAAGAGGAAUACAUUGGACAGACUCUGGUUACUGUUGCAGGGAAAAGCUCUAUGGGGCGGAUGAAGAAGGGGGGAGGUAGUGGAAAGAAAUCAGGUAAAAAGAGCUAUUUAAGUGCUGCAGAAUCCACCGGCAGGAAAUGGGAGCAAAAACAGGUGCAAAUAAAGACGCUGGAAGGAGAAUUCUCCGUUACAAUGUGGGCAUCAGAUGACAAGAAGGACAUUGACCAUGAAACUGUGGUGGAGGAACAGAUUAUUGGAGAAAACUCUCCUCCAGACUACUCUGAAUAUAUGACAGGAAAGAAGCUCCCACCCGGUGGCAUUCCAGGAAUCGACCUCUCAGAUCCCAAACAGCUUGCAGAGUUUGCCAGUCCCUACAGUCACUGUGGCGGCCCUUUUGGUCGCAGCUCAGUACGAAUGAAACCACGGAAGAUUAAAGAGGAUGACGCACCCAGAACGAUAGCCUGUCCCCACAAAGGAUGCACUAAGAUGUUCAGGGAUAACUCUGCAAUGAGGAAGCACUUACAUACCCAUGGGCCCCGGGUUCAUGUGUGCGCUGAGUGUGGAAAAGCCUUUGUGGAGAGCUCCAAACUAAAGCGCCACCAACUCGUUCACACUGGAGAAAAGCCUUUCCAGUGCACUUUUGAAGGCUGUGGGAAACGCUUUUCGCUGGACUUUAACCUUCGCACACAUGUGCGGAUUCACACCGGUGACCGCCCAUACGUCUGUCCAUUUGAUGGCUGCAAUAAAAAGUUUGCUCAGUCCACCAACCUCAAGUCACACAUCUUAACGCAUGCAAAAGCCAAAAACAACCAAUGAGCACCUCUGUUCUUUUCUCCCUGAACCCAACCUUAACGCGACAGCAUCUUAACACUGGAGGUAUGAGCCGCACCCUUCCAUAGUUCUCCUGAGGAGCGGUAGGAAAAAAGAUUACCUGAAGGACUUGGGAUAAAUUAUGGCAAUUGAAAAAGACACAAAGCUAAAUAUUGGGAGCCCCUCCAUCCUCAAAUCAGCCUGCUAACUGUGUGUGGCCCUUGCUGAGGAGCAGAGCCGGGCGUGUCUGGCCUACAUGACCAUGCCACGCUGUGAUGGCAUUCUACAGCCAAGAGCAUGGCCAAACUCAUGGACAUUGUGUUUUACCACACAAUUGAAAAUAUUUGGACAGUUGCUCAAUUUCUUUUCACUUUUACUUAAAUUUCACCAGUCUGCAUAGAUAGCUUUUAAUUUUGUAUUUUUCUAAGUGUGCAUAUUGUACACUUUUUUUGAAUAUGCUUAGUAACGCAACCUUGUGAUCAUUCUUUAUCCCUAAGAAUUUAAGGUUUUGCUUAGAACAUGUUCUUCUUGGAAGGGUUCAUAAUAGUUACUGUAAGACAAUACUUCAAAAGUAUUUUAUGUAAAAAGGUAUCUUUUCAGUUUCAUUUUGCUUCUUUGUUUGUAUUCUAACCAUUGAAUAAUCUUGUAUUUGUGUGUUGUAUGGCUGUGUGGAGAUCAUGUAGAAAUGAACAGCAGCGUGAUUCCAAGUGUUUACUGCUUUAAAGCGUUUAGUCAUCAGUUGCUUUCUUUUGUCACAUUCUCACUUGGCAAAGAAACAUGAAUUCACUUAAACCCAUCUGUUGAACCACAUCAAUAAACCACAGUGUGACCUAUCAUUUUUCUUGGUUUAGAAUGUAUUGUAAAGGCCUAAAUCAUGACGACAUAUUCUUUGUUAAUAUUUACAUCUUCAUGUAUUUCAGUGAGCAACAAUUAAAAAAAAAUGCCAAAUGUGGUCCCAGCAUUUUUUCAUGUACCUCAUUCAAUGCCUUUUUGAUGGCCAAAAUGGCUGAAAUGACCUAAGAGCUAUGGCAAUAAAAGGGCUUUUUUUAAAAGCAAAA